AUGGAAUGGAAGCCGCAAGACGAGUGUCUUUAUCAUGUUUUAAAUAAAACUCUACGAAAUGAAAAUCGGCAAAAACUAGAACCUUGGUUUCUUUUUCUCAAAUUGAUUCUCACUGCACUGGCUCACCUUCCGUCAAUGGCUCGAACGGUUUAUCGUGGUGUCAAGAAAGACAUGAGAAAAGAAUAUCCAAAAGGAAAGAUAUUUGUUUGGUGGGGAUUCAGUUCUUGUACAACCACUCUUGAUGUACUGCAGAACGAACUAUUUUUGGGUAAAACAGGCCGAAGAACAUUCUUUACGAUUGAAUGCGAUAGUGGCAAAGAUAUUCGAAAAUAUUCUUGUUAUCAAGCUGAAGAUGAAAUCCUUCUACCAGCAGCAAGACAAUUUGAAGUUAAGGGAUCUCUCAAUCAAGGUGACGAUUUUUAUAUGAUCCAACUCAAAGAAAUUCAGCCGCUAUUUCCACUCAUUGAACUUGUACCACAACCAUCAUCAUCGCCAGGACCAGGACCAUCACCACUACCACCAAUGCCUAUGUAG